AUGGCGGCGCGCCGCCUCGUGCUCAACGGAUUAACGGCGGAGGUGGCAGGCGAGACAAACACGGAACAUGCAGGGCACGCGGAGCACGUGCAGCUCACGGAGCUCGAGCAUACUCGAUGCGAAAACCCCACCUCAGCGCCAGCCUCACCAGAGUUCUACCACGAGCUCGAAUUAUACCGACAGCUUCUUGCGCUGCCCGCCGAGCGCUCACCUCGCCGCCGUUCUCGCACCCCCGACCCACCGCCGUCGGUGAGCGCUGUUCGCGACGUGGUGUCCCGACGAUGCCGAACGCCGGCUCCGCGAAUGAAUACGCGCGCCGCACCACGGACGCCGCGUGCGCCUCUGCUGCCCGUCUCCCGGCCCGCGAAGAAUAUUGUCGAAGUUUCUAAAGAUGACUUGAAACUUAACUCUAUUGCCAGAUAG